AUGUCUACAGCCUCGUUGCUUACGCGGACCUCAAAAACGGUCUUGAACGUGCUUCAACCCGCCAGAGACCAACUUGGCGAUAUCGGCACAGCAGCUGCGACACUUGUCGGUUUCCUACUCAUUUCUUUCGCUUGCGAUAGAAUACGUCAAGCAUGGUUCUCGCCUCUAAGCAAGAUCCCCGGCCCCUGGUACGCCCACUACACCGGUCUCGGCCUCAAACUCCACAUCCUAGCCGGUAACCGAGUCAACUACGUCCAAGCACUCCACGAGCACUAUGGCCCCUACGUCCGAGUCGCCCACAACGAGGUCGUGACCUGCGACCCAGCAGCCGGGAAGGUAAUCCAUGCCGUAGGCACCAAGUGGCGGAAAUGGAGCCACAUACCCGACCACAUCACGGCCAACGUCUUCGCGAUCGUGGACCCAAAACACCACAAUAUCCGACAGCGCUUCUACACCAAGACGUUCAGCCAGGCGAGUUUGCGACGGACGAUGCAAGGACCGAUCGUGCGGACCGCUGAGCUUGCAGUCGAUGGCAUGAAGGCUGAUGCGGCGUCCAGGGGAGGCGGCAUGGUCGACGUCCAUGAAUGGUUCAUGCUAUUCGGCAACGACGUCAUGUUCGCGCUGACAUUCGGGGAAGGGUUCGGGCUGAUGGAACAAGGGAAACGAGGGCAGACGAACCCCGUCACGCCGCUGGAAUUCCACCAGAUGAUUGCUUGGUCGGAAUUCUCCAUCCCGAUCUUCUUAUUUGGACGGUUCGUUCUAUCAAGUUUCUGGCCGUGGGCGGAGCGCAUCUUCAAGGCGGAUGUAUGUCUUAAUCCAUCGCAGGAUGAAGCUAUUGCGCAGUUGAGGAUGAAGGAGAAGGGGGAGGAUGGACGGACGGUGUUUGCGGAAGCUAUCGAGGAUGCUAAGGAUGAUGAGGUGCUUAAGAAUUCCGGCAAGACUCGUUUGACAGACGAUGAGAUCGCGGCUGAUGCGCUGGGGUUCCGGUUGGCGGGUGCGGAGCCCGUCAGUGUGACUUUGACAUAUCUCGUUUGGUGUGUGUUGCAACGGCCCGACGUGCAAAGACAGGUCGAGAACGAAGUGGCCGGCGUAGAGCUCACGGACGAGGCAUUGGAGAAUCUGCCGAUCUUGGGAGCCGUCAUCCUUGAAGGCCUUCGCUUGUGGGGUGGUAAUGCAACUGCCAUGCGACGAAAAGAGGAUGUGACGCUCGAGGGCACGAUGCUAAGCGAAUACCGCAUCCCACGAGGCACCACCGUGUCAACGCAAGCAUACUCCUUACAUCGCAACCCGGCCGCCUGGCCAGAUCCACUGAAAUGGGACCACACGCGCUGGCUCGACCCAGCACAGAGCCAUUCCAUCUCCCAAGACCGCUUCCAGCCCUUCAGCGCCGGCACCCGCAUGUGCGCCGCCUAUCACCUGGCUAUGAUGGAGAUCCGACUCAUGACCGCCAUGUUCUUCCAGAACUUUGGUGGCGCGCGGCUGGCGCCUUCGGUGACGAGCGAGAGCAUGGUCAUGACCGAUCGCUUUAAUCUGUUUCCGAGGAAUCAUCGGAUGGAGGUUCUGAUGAGGCCGGCUGGAUCGUAG